GGAACCCCUGCUCGUCCCUAGGGCCACCUGAUCCAGAUCGCUGCAGAGGGCGGUGGAUGGAGCCCUGCAGUCCAGCACCUGGCGUCCUCCCGGCGACAGUCACAGUAGCCUCUCCAGGACCAAGGCAUGAAGGUCGCUGUGUUGGACCUGGGGUCUCUGUUUGCCAAGAUCUUCAAGAUCUCAACAGCAUCCCCAGCGGUCUCCAGCCACUCUGGAGGCGCAGCGGCCACAGGAUCAGGAGACUCCGGCGCCAGCACGUCGCUUAGAGAGGCUGAAACCGUGACUUUGCUCCCAUCUCUGCCUCCAGACACCACAGCCUCACGGGAGCCCUUCACCCCUGUGCACACUCCGCUCCCUGCCUCGCACCCCAGGAGCUCGGCAGCUACUCAUAGGGUAGAAGUAGCAGGGUGUCCCAUAUCUCUGCCCAGCAGCUCAGGAGCAUCUAUAGCACAGUCCUUAGCCCCCUACAGAGGCUCUGCAGGCUCCGUGGCUUCAGUGACCUUGCCCAGCCCAGGGGCUGUCUGGGCGACCCUGCCUUCUGUCACCAUUCCCUUGGUCAGCAACAGCAGUGCAGCCUCAAGUCCACGGAACCCUCGCCAGUUGUCAGCUCCUGGAGAGCAAGAGCCCAGUGUAUGGAUGGCCCCAGGUCCUGUCCCCAAAACUCUGUUCUUCACCUUGCCAGACAUUGGCGAGGAAUGGACCUCGGACAGCGACUCCCAGGAUGACCCAGAAGGAAGGGGACUUUCGAAAGGACUCAGGAAGCACAGCUCCGAACAGAGCAAAGACCCUUUACCUACGAAUUUUACGAGAAACGUGCAGAAAGCCAUUGAUAAAUUCGCGAGCGAGUCCCCCUCAUCUGUUUCAUCCAGUGGGAGCCGCACGCCCACGGAGGCCCGCAACUCCUGGCCUGGCUCGUCCACGCCGAGCUCCACGACUGGACUGUCUACGGAGAGGAGCUCAGUUUCUUCUUGGAGAGAUGACGAAUUUGACAAAGUCAAUGCACAGAAAGUCCAGCAGCUGUUUUGGGAGGUCGAGGAAUUGCUAUUUGAAGGGAAAGUGGGUCCCCAGACCGAGAAUCUCCAGGCCGAGUGCAGUGAAUGGGCAAGAAGAUCCCUCCAUCUUAGGGUGUUAGGAAGACAGCUCAUCCCAUCAACUGAUGAAGGUUUCCAACAUUUCCAGGGGAGCCUGCCUAGUUCUGCUACUCACAAACCUUUACCUCAUGUUCCUGACCACAGCAGCAGCAGCAGCAGCAGCAGCAGCAGCAGAGAGCUGUGCAUCUCUGGCUCUCAGAUAGUCCCGGAAGUACUCUCAGUUCCUGCCCCGACGGACGCCGAUGGCACUGAACUGGCUGACCUCACAUCAUGUUCAGCCCUGAAAGAAGAGGUGUACCACGUGGAUGGAAACAUUGAAGAAUAUUUUGCCUUUGACAGAAAGCAGGAUGGGGACGAGCGUCUUGAACAAAACCCAACAUUCCGUGGCAGGAAGAGGCGUCAACAUGGACUCCCUCCCAUUUCCCCUGAUGACUGUAUCAGAGAUGCUGUGGCGGCAGAAGUGUUUGAUCACGUUUGGACCAGUGUGGUAGAAAUCCUGGAAGAUCUCAUUAGAAAAACCUGGGAAUCUGCACUCCCAGGUGGGAAAAAGCAUAAAGAAAAAUUGAAAGUAGCUGAGAACAGAUCCCCACACGUGCUCAUGUCCCGUCUCAGCACUGAGGUGUGCAGUGUGCCGCCAUCCCGAAGCUCCGAAACUCUCCAGCCGUCCCUGGCUCCGCACUUCAACCCCCCCCAGUUUCCUCAACUCCACCGCUUCUCCAGCAACUUCUACAGUGACUUGAGUGGUGUGAUGACGAUUCAGGCCAAACCGCUCCAGCAGAGGCCCACUUACACCACAGAUAGAACACAAAAUGAGCAAGAUGAGAGGCUGCCUGGGGGAGGGGUCGGAGCAUCUUCGCGGCACAGGCUCGGCCGAAUUCUAGACGCCCGGGGUCCACGGACUUCUGCCAAGAAGACACCAGUGCAUAGGAGACUGCCUUCAAUUGCUUCAGAUGCACAGAGGCUGAAAACCCCCACUGUCUACAGUGAUGAGAUUCUGAGAGGAACCAAACUGCAAACUGCCCUUGACCGCCUGCCUUCCCCGGCAGCAGUGCAAACCUCCCGGAGCCGGUUACCCCCAAUAGGCUCUGAGUCUGGGGAGCCCAACACAGCAGCCUCUGGACCCCGUCCUGUUUCUUACAGGGGACGGCACCCACAAAGCCGUGUGCUCAGCGCAAUGCCUGACAGCAGCGAACGGUCACCCCUCCGAGAAAGGACCAUCAUCCUGGAACAGCUUUCAAGGCCCAGCACAACACAUACAUUCCGGUCAGAUACGCCGAGAAAAGGCGCCCUGACGCCCGUUGAGUUUGUUGCUCACACUUGGACGGGUCAGAGUAUUUUGACAGGUUCACAGUAUCUGCCUAAGUCUUAUCAGAGGGCAACCCUGACUGCAAGAAAGAGGUUCCAAGUGGCCUCGUGAUGUCGCUGCUCCAGAACUACGGACUUGUUAGAAGCUCUGAAGCCCUGGCCAUGCCAUUUAUCAUGUGAAAAGCAGAGGAACAAGUAUUAGCUGCUGUCUACAGUCAUCUCUCUGGAAGCAGGAGAUGGCAGAAUACCUGAGAGGAACACAGGAGAAUAAGUAACUUAGUUGUGAAGACUUGUAAAGCAUUGUAAAGAGAAUAAAAGCUGAACUCCCUAAGCCUUAUGGGAAGCACGCCUGAAGUUCCUUGGGCUCUCCUGCUUUUCCUAAAAGACACUAAUACACCCUUAAAUUCCAUCUUUAUAAUUAGUGUUUGCACACAGAUAAUAGGAGUGCAUUCCCUACGAAGAUGCCAUUUUUAACUCUAUCCCAUCAUGGUACAUUUUGGUCUCAGUCUCUUAAUAAUUCCAUCAAAGCUAAAUAGCAGUCAUAUCUGAGACAAUUUGUUCAUUUGAAAAAAAAAUGAUUCCAGUUCUUCUAUUCAUUGUGCUGACUUUAAAAUAAUUACUGCAUAUCUAGUGCAUAAAGUGGUGGGUUUCAUAAUGGCAAGAUUUCUCAUACCUUUGUUAUAGACUGAUUAGUCGUGAAUAUCUGAGAAAUGUCUUGUAAGCCAAUCAUGUUAAGAUGCAACAGUAAACUAGUUUUCGUUGUCAAAUUUAGACAGUACCCUAAAAGUAUCCCACAUUUGAAUGUAAAUAUAAACAUAAUUAAAAUCCUUUGCAUGUGGUUCCAACAUAGGCAUUUAGGUUGACUUGUUUGACAACUGGACGGAGGAAAUUGUAACACUAGCAUCCUUACUUACGUCUUCCCAACCUAUCUCUGCUCUGACAUGACUUCUUCAACACAGCCUCCCUGAACCCCUGCUGAAGGCAGGAGCUCCCUCCACCCUCUGCCCUUCCCCUACUCUGGAUUCUUCUGACCAUAUGUCCAACCUGACUCCUAUAUCAGUCAGAGAAGUGAAGAAGACAAAGAAAUGUCAGCUGGAGGCCAGACCUGGUACUUACUCCUGAUUCGUUCUCAUAUACAAAUAUCGCAAAUCAGCAUACUUUCCCCUUUUUAUCAGCUAGUUAUAUCAAUAUGAAUCUUAUUAAUCUAAAGUGAAAUUUUACUAUAUACAUGUAUGUAUAUAACACUUAAACAUAUGAUAAAUUGUUUUCAGGACAUUUCUUGUUAUAGGAAGUGAGGAUCAUUGCCUACGUAGAGAUGUUUGGAAAUUGAGCUCUCUGUGUGGAGAAGAGCUAGACCUUCUCUUUCACAUAGAAUGAGAAAUCAGACGUGACUUCAAACCUUUGUUCCACCUGACAGUUUCUUCUUCACUCUCUCUACUCCAGUUUCUGCAGUGGUGGGACAUGCUAGGGACACGCCAGGGACACGCUAGGGACAUGCUAGGGACACGCUGGCUAAUGGACAGUGGUCAAGUUGCUGUAUUGAUACUCCGUUCCAGUUGGUCACUCUGAGGAAUGUACCUCUCUUUACCUAGGGAAUGUGCCUAGGGAUCAGUUUCUCACGCCAAAGCGUUUGGGGCUUUCUCUGAACUAUUUCUCAUCAUAAGCUGUGGAAGCAUUUCAGAGCAUCAGUCUUUGCACAGCCGCUCUCAGCUUCUGGAUAGAGCCGCUUUCGUCCUGCUCACCAGCCUGCCUGGCUGCUCUGCGGUCCACCAUUGCUAAGAGAGCUACCUACUGGGCUCUCACAUCCAAUCAGCUCACUUCAUACCAAUUCCUAGGAGCCAUCCGGUGGCUUCUUCCUCAACCCAAAGUCUGAAAAGUGAGGUGGCUAACAAUAAGGUAGCGACUCUGAGAUAAAUUAUUAUUCUUUGCAAAGAGUCACGGUUAACGGCAACUUUGCUAUGUUUGCCUUCAGAGGUUUUCAGCUGGAAAUGUAUUUUUCAUUAUCAGCAAAGUAGCAAAUUAAAAAUAGGAAACAGGUACAGGUUUUAAUCAUCUGGGCAUUUUGAGUGGAAAACAAAAUACUGUUUGAUGGCAUCUAAAACCUCAGAGGACUUGCUUAAUCUAAAGUCAGCCUUCUCCCGAAACUUAUUUUCAUUCCUGUGUUAAAGGUAUUUCAUUUAUAGGUGAAAUGGGAUGUGCACAUUAGCAAAUUAUGUGUGUGUGAUGGUGAUGCUGUAUAGACUGAAAAGGAAAAUAUCCAGGGAUAUGAUUUUACAAUAGUCUACUUCCAUCGUAAGCUGUCUGGUAAAAAUGGAAAAUGGAAAAUUGCUUCUGAGGAAAAAACAUUCAAAUACAGGUUAGCAACUCCAUGAACUAAAAUACCUUUAAUUUGUCCCAAGCCAAAGAAAGGACAAGGGGAUUUUAAAAGCAAUUAAAGAAAAUAUACAAUUUAAUGGAAAAUGUCUAGAUUUGUAAAAAAUCUGUCUAAAUAGAUAUAGAUAGAUAUAGACAUAUGAAGAAUCAUGCGUCUUUAUAUUUGUGUUGCUCUAAACUUGGAUGGAAUGUCUUUACUAAUUGAGAGUUUCAUUUCUAAUGCCAUAAAUGAUUGCAGUAUAUUUUUACUAUCAUUGUUUCUUAUAAAGAUGGAUGAUUGUU